CUUUUCUAGUACGCUGGAAGUUGGAACUCGACCGUGCACUCGACCAUUAUUGUCUACGUCUUUUGGACACCACUGAUUGAGGCUCGGUCUGCUGUUGUGUGUGUGAAACGAAUGGCCCUACGGUGUGCUGCCACCCGGUACGCAUCGCUUUUGUUCCAAAAGACCGUGCACGCGGCCCGGAGGUCCGACGGCAGCAGGUGCCUAUUGCCGGCGAGACAAAUGUCCCGUCUGGCGUCGCCAACGUACCUCUCGGCUGCCGCUACACUGCCCCAGCAGGCCUUCGAUUACUUUCUGGUGUUGGACUUUGAGGCAACCUGCAGCGCGGAGAAAGGAAUUCCAACACCACAGGAAAUCAUCGAGUUUCCAGUGCUCAAGGUUAAUGGCCGCACCUUUGAGACAGAGGCCACUUUCCACACAUAUGUCCAGCCGCAGGCACACCCUCAGCUGACUGCAUUCUGCAUAGAGCUAACAGGUAUAGUGCAAGACAUGGUGGAUGGUCAGCCGCAUCUGCAACAAGUGCUGAGCCAAUUUGAUGAUUGGAUGCAGGAGCAGGGCUUGCUCCAAGCCCGGACAGUGUUCAUCACCUUUGGGGAUUGGGACCUGCAGAAAAUGCUUCCCUCACAGUGUGCCUACCUGGGCAUACCAGUGCCACCAUACAUGACUCAAUGGAUCAACUUAAAGAAGACGACUGCCGCAACCUGGCGCAGCUGGUCGGUUGGCUGGCGUCCCGUGGCCACCGGUUUGCGUGAGCCGGUGUUCGAGGAGGCAGAGCUGCCGCAGGAAGCCGCGGUUGGGCACGAUCUCGCGCCGCGCGCGCACCAGCCGCACCGCCUCGCGGGCGCUGAGCCGCCGGCGCAGCAUGAGGAAGGCGAGCACCAGCGUCGCCGAGCGGCUGAUCCCCUGGUGGCAGUGGACGAACACGCGGCCCCCGGGCUCGGCCAGCGCACGCUCGAUGAAGUCGGCCGCUUCGUCGAAGAAGCGGUCGAGCCGGAACACGGACACGUCCAGUGCCUCGAUGCCCAGGAAGCGUAUGCCGGCCGCCCGGUACAGCGCGGGCCCCGUGUUCACCAGGCAGAGCGAGGCGUCGCGGCCACAUGCCGCGUUCAGCACGUGCGUCACGCCCAUCCGUCGCAGCAGGCCCACGCACAGCGCCGUCAUACCGUCGCCCAGCAGCACGCCUGGGUACACCUCGUUGUACGGCUCGCGCGGCAGCUCAAGGCGGCCGCGCGGGCACAACAGGCGGCACAGCUCGUCCUCCUCCAUUCCUGCGCAGCAAACACUCGUGGUCUUCAUCUAUGGCCUGUGGCAGAGUCUGCGUCACGCACGCCGUACGUAGCACUCGCAGGGCGAGUAUUGUGUAUAUGGGCCCGAGUUGAGAGACCUCGCACGCCAUAUGCGGACGUACCGCAUCUUUCACGUUGAUUUGCAUUACUAAGAUUAUUGUCUCUAGCAGAUUGGAUUAUAAUAAAACUUUAAUU